AUGCCACGGACCACGCCCUCCUCAGAACACACGCAGGCCCCGCCUCCGCCGCAGCCCAGCCCCACCGGCCACACGCAGCCCCUGCCCUUGCCACAGGCCACGCCCUCAUCAGGCCACACGGAGGCCCCGCCCCCGCCGCAGCCCCAACCCCGUACGUGGACUCGGACGGCGGCCACCUCCCCGCGCAGGGCUGCCGCGGACAUUGCGGAAGUCGGCGCCAUGACCGGGUCGUCGCUCGUCCGGGUGCUCGGCCGCGUUCCGGCCGCAGCGUGGAGAGCGGCAAGAUCACCCCUUCUGUGUAAUUCUUUGAGGGAAAUGAGUUCUCAAGGAGAAAAAUCUAAGCCUGUCAACCAAUCCCUUAAGAAGCCAAAGUUACCAGAAGGUCGUCUGGAUGCACCGGAAGAUGCCAGUUUAGAGAAAGAACCACUGACAAAAUUUCCAGAUGAUAUUAAUCCUGUUACCAAAGAAAAAGGUGGACCCAGGGGCCCAGAACCUACCCGAUAUGGAGAUUGGGAACGAAAAGGACGCUGUAUUGAUUUUUAAGUUACAUGGUCUCUAACUUCAGUAUCUUUUUCUGAAUAUACUGAAAUGUACAUUAUUUAUACUGAAAUGCAUAAUUUUUUUCUGAUUAUUUUCUUUAUAUCCUUUAAGUCAUCUAAUUCCUAUAAUCGUUUAAAAGGGAAAAUAUUUCUACAUUAGCACAUUAAUUUUAAUUUAUAUAUAUAUUAGGAUAUAUAAGUGAUGACAUCUGCCGACUUAUUUCAUCAUGUUUCAGUUUAAUCAGUUGCUUGUAAAAUGCAAAUAUAAAUAAAACAACUUAAAAAAAA